AUGGAGACGGAUUGCUACAAACAUGUCAGGAAAUGCUUCGAGUGCCAGAAACAUGCGAACCAAAUCCAUACGCCUGCUUCCGAACUCUACAACCUGACAAUACCAUGGCCAUUCUCUAUAUGGGGACCUAACAUCAUCGGCAAGGUCAACCUUAAAGCUUUAAACGGGCAUGAGUAUAUCCUGGUGCCGGUAGAUUACUUCACCAAAUGGAUAGAGGCAGUAUCCUACGCCACCAUCGCAGCAUCUCAUGUAGAAGACAUCAUCCCUCUCCAGGCAAUGCGCAGCAAGCAUACCCCAUCAUACCGCCUCCCCACUGUCAGCCAGCAGGCCAUAUCCUCACAGGAAUGA